AUGCUAGGAUCGACGUCUUUCUUUGCGAUCUUGCUAGCCUUGAGCUAUUUCUUUAAUACAGCCCAAGGAAUGUGGUGGAAGAAGAAGACAAGCAAAGUCAUGGGCUAUGCAACAGUUUCCGAAGCAGAUGCUAGGCGCAUUAAUCAAGACAACAAGCUCUUUCCAAAGGAACCUACGACCGGCUUCGAUGUUCAGUUAGGACACGGCUUCUAUAUAUUACAAGGACCUGAAAACUGGCCAAAUGCAGAGGAAGGGAAUUGGUACUGUGCUAUCACAGCGAAAACGAAGGAGAUGAGGGAUCUCAGCAAGGUUUACAUCCCGUCAACCUAUUGGUCCGAGGACGAAGAGUUCAUCUUGAGUUACGUCAGGGCAUUGGUAAACAAGCCCGACGAAGCGCUGCGCAUCUCAUGGGUCCGGGCUGGCGCGCAGCUGCAAAUGCUUAUUCCCUCGAAGGUGAUAGCAGAAGAUACUGCUUUGAAAUUGCGGGCUAAAUGCUUUGAAACGGAAAAUCAGCUGAAGGAAUAUUCGGAUAAGUUCAUUGAUUGGCAGAAAAAAAGAGGUUGGACUAUUCACGGCGAGCUUGGACGACCGAGUUUUUGA